UCGCUCCACAGUUUAGUUUCGCCAGUCGCGGUCGAGAUCUCAGUAACCCCAAAAAAUCAUUCAGUAUGAAAUACUUUGCCGUUUUCGCCCUGCUCUUCUGCAUUUUGGCCACAGCAAUGGCUCAGCUUAAAAAUCCAAUCUGUGGCGAGGAGUUCGGAAAGUUAGGAAACUGCCGAGCCCAGCUGAGAAAGUGGACUUAUCGCCGGGACACGAACAAGUGCAUCGAGUUCAGCUACUCCGGCUGCCACGGAAAUAACAACCUGUUCGACGACCAAGCCCAGUGCGAGAAGACCUGCAAGGUCUGAAUAUCAGUCACCCACUCGAUAGUCGUUCCAUAAAUAAAGUUAAACCCUCGGUUUUGUUAUCCUAAUGUGA